GAAAGAAGAAUGCUGACGUUUGUUUUAAAAUGCUUCCCUUUUGGCCGGCGUGCUGAAACGCCUGAAAUCCCAGCUAAGGAGGCAAAGGAAUGGGAAUCAUUGUAAAUUCGAGGCCAGCAUGGUCUAUAUAUCUAGUGAGUUCAGGGGAACACGCAGAGAGAUACGAUCUCGAAACUCUUAAGACACUUCCUCUUAAGCACACUGGACAGUAAGAAAGCUACGAGACCGCAGAGUUCGACUUAGCCCUGAAACUGGAACAGGUAGAGGAUUUCGCCCCAGAGGAGACGGCGGAGCAUGGGUAGAAGUUUCCACGUUAGACCACGAAUCUCGGUGUCCGGGCCCUGCGUGCUUAACCACGGAACGCAGUUUCAGCGAGUUCCGUUUUCCCUCAGGGAGGCCCGAGUCCUCCCGCAGCCUGCCUUCCUGCGCAGGCGCAGUGCCACUUACCCGGCAUGGAAGUGGUGGGUCUCUUGUGUGUGGCGGUGGCCGUCCUGGCUUGGGGCUUCCUCCGGGUUUGGAACUCGGCGGAACGAAUGAGGUCUCCGGAGCAGACGGGUCUGCCGGGAGCCGGAAGCCGGGCCCUUGUAGUGAUCGCGCACCCGGACGAUGAAGCCAUGUUCUUUGCUCCCACGAUGCUAGGUUUGGCACGCCUGGAGCAGCAGGUGUCCCUGCUCUGCUUCUCCUCAGGAAAUUACUACAGUCAAGGUGAGAUUCGAAAGAAAGAACUUCUGCAGAGCUGUGCCGUUUUGGGGAUUCCACCUUCCCGGGUAAUGAUUAUUGACAAGAGGGAGUUCCCAGAUGAUCCAGAGGUGCAGUGGGACACAGAGCGUGUGGCCAGCACCCUCCUCCAGCACAUACGGGCCAAUGGCACUGACCUGGUGGUGACUUUCGAUGCAGAUGGAGUCAGUGGUCAUAGCAACCAUAUUGCUUUGUACAAAGCUGUGAGGGCCCUGCACUCAGGAGGGAACCUGCCUAAAGGGUGCUUGGUGCUCACACUCCAGUCUGUGAACACGCUUCGGAAGUACGCCUUCCUCCUGGAUCUGCCCUGGACUCUCCUGUCGCCCCAGGAUGUUCUCUUCGUGCUCACUAGCAAAGAAGUGGCACAGGCCAAGAAAGCCAUGUCCUGCCACCGCAGUCAGCUCCUCUGGUUCCGCCACCUCUACAUCCUCUUCUCCCGGUACAUGAGAAUCAACUCACUGCAGUUCCUCUGAAGCCUCGGAGAGCUGUCAGAUCCUCAGAACAAAAGGGAGAAGCAGAGCGAGAAGUCCCCAGGCCCGGCUUUGGACUGACUUACCGCUUGACCCAGGGAAACCCCAGCAAAGCAGCCUCUGCCAACAGGGACCACAUGCACAAUGGGUCACUCCAACCCAACUUCCUCUUCUGGGGAAAACCUGCUAAAACCAAACCUACACCAACACAAUAGUAGCCACCCCACUAAUUUACCAAUAGUUUGCACCAGACAAAGCUUAGGAAGGUUGCCUUUACCAUAAAGGAGUGUAAAUGUGCCAGAGAACUAGUUCUCAGGGAUGAUUUUUACAUGGCUUCCAGCCUAGGCUGCUUUGUCAAUCUUCUGUUCUGUAGCUGAAACACCACUCACAGGGCAUCUGCAGAGCUGCGGUGUGCUUGGACCACAGUUCUGAAGCCUGCGAAGUUCAAGAGCAUAGGCUGUCCUUGACAGCUGGUGAGGGGCCUCCCACUGCAUCUCAAGGCGAAGGCAGUCAGUCACUAGGACAAAGAGCCAGUGAGCCUUUAGAGCAGAGCCACACCUACAACAAAUGACCCUGUCACCUCCAAAAGGCCUCACCCUAAACACUGGGGCUUUGAAGACACGUGAAUUCCAGGGGACACAGCCAAACCCUAGCACAGGUUCAUCAUAGACACCACACACACACACACACACACAGUCUUCAGGUGCUUCAGCUAUAAUUCCUUGGAUUCUUACUUGUGUCUCCCUAUGAGAACUGCAGUCUAGGGAAUCUACCAUAUAUCCUGGUGGUUCUGAUGUGUGUGGAGAUGAUCCUGGGAAUUUACCAUAUCACCCUGGUGGUUCUGAUGUGUGUGGAGAUGAUCCUGUGGUCCUCCCUUUAAGGAGCCAGUAAACAGCUUGGUUCUCUGCCUUUUCAAAGUAGGAGCUGGACCCACACCUUUAAUCCCAGCACUUGGAAGCAGACACACAUGGAUCUCUGUGAGUUUGAGGCCAGCCUGAUCUACAUACUGAGCUCAAGGACAGCCAGGGCUAUACAGAGAAAGCCUGUC